AUGGCCGGCACCAGCGAUCGUGGAUCCCUCAUGGAGGACUGGAUGGCCAUGCCGCCGACACCCAGCCCGAGAACGCUCAUGUCAAGCUUCUUGAAUGAAGACUUCAGCUCUGGUCAAUUCUCCAAUUUUUUCGGCGAACAUGUGAGCAACAAGCCCCAUGAUCAAUCAGAGAAGAGAGGAGAGCUUGUGGAUUUGAGGGAGCAAGUGCCUGCUCAGUCAGCUACAGAUACAGCUACACCCCAAAAGGAUUUUUCCCUGCAACCAAAUUCGUUCAAUGCUAAUCAGAAAUCAAACCCACAGGGAUCUCUAGCUGAGCGCAGGGCUUCGAGAGCUGGUUUCAGUAUCCCCAAGAUUGAUACAUCUCGUGUGGGUUCAUCCACAGUUAUUCGAUCACCCAUAGCAAUUCCACCUGGUCUUAGUCCAACUACUCUUCUUGAGUCACCGGUCUUUCUCUACAAUGCUAUGGCACAGCCUUCUCCAACCACUGGCAAACUGUUCGUUGCUUCAGAGGCUAACUCAACAAUGCCACCAGAUAGCACGUUCAGUAACGAUGUUUUUUCCUUCCAACCCCACUCUGGCCCAACAAGUUACUCAAAUGUGGAAAAGGGUUACACUGUUUGCCACCAAAACCAGUCGUUGUCAAAUAUUCAUCAGCAGGGAUCCAGUCUUCAGUCAAGCUUUACUGCAGCCAAGGACAGUGCCGACGAAACAAUCGUUAAACCGAAGACAUCUGACUCUGUGUUCAGUGAUAAUCACUCUUCUGAAGAACAGGAAGAUGACGAGGGAGACCAAAAUGAAGAAUACUCUUCUGCCACAAAUAGCAACCCAGCUGAAGAUGGAUAUAACUGGAGAAAAUAUGGACAGAAGCAAGUUAAGAGCAGUGAGCAUCCAAGGAGCUAUUACAAGUGCACACACCCAGAUUGCCCUGUCAAGAAAAAGGUGGAACGCUCUCAAGAUGGUCAGAUAACAGAGAUAGUCUACAAGAGUUCUCACAAUCACCCUUUGCCGCCUCCAAACCGCCGCUCAGGUAUCCCUUCGUUGCAAAUUAAUGAUCCACAAGUCCAUCUUCUAGAGAAACCUGGUUUGCACACAGGGGUCAACACUGCAUCUUUGUGGGAAAAUGGUAAAAGUGAGUGCAUUCAAGAUAUGCAAGGUGUUGAGGGAAGACCAGCUGCUGGCCCUCCUGUAUCUGCAUAUGGUGAUACAUCUAUCAUGGAGUCCCAAGAUGCAGCUGAUGUCUCGUCAACGCUGUCCAAUGAGAUUGAUAGAGCAACACAAGGCACCAUUUCUUUAGACUGUGAUGUAGGUGAAGAUGAGACUGAAUCCAAAAGAAGGAAACUGGAUGCUUUAGCUGCUGUUACCAUUCCUACUGCGACCACCACCAGUUCAAUUGACAUGGUGGCUGCAGCAUCAAGAGCUGUCCGGGAGCCUCGUGUUGUGGUUCAGACAACAAGCGAGGUUGACAUCCUUGAUGAUGGUUAUCGCUGGCGCAAGUAUGGUCAGAAGGUUGUUAAAGGAAACCCAAAUCCAAGGAGCUACUACAAAUGUACGCACCAGGGCUGUUCAGUGCGCAAGCACGUGGAGAGAGCGUCGCAUGAUCUGAAAUCCGUGAUCACGACAUACGAGGGGAAGCACAACCAUGAAGUUCCAGCAGCCAGAAAUAGCGGGAACGCGGGCAGUGCUCCAGCAUCUGCGCCGCAGGCCAAUCUCUCACACCGCAGGCAAGAACAAGCGCAAGGCAGCUAUUCUCAGUUUGGUGGCGCGUCUCCCUUCGGUUCCUUCGGCCUUCCGCCUAGAGGCCAUCUGGGAGCGGCAGGCAACUUCCACUUCGGGAUGGCCCCUCCAGGCAUGUCGAUGCCGCCGAUGCCCGCCGCUCGCCAUCCGUCAAUGAUGCAGGGCUACCCGGGGCUCAUGAUGCAGGAAGGACAGAUGAUGCAGGAAGGACAGAUGAAGGCGGAGCCAGACCAGCAGUCUGGCUUCGCAGCGUCAUCGGCUUACCAACAGAUGAUGGGCAGGCCCCCCUUUGGUCCCCAGAUGUAA